AGUUGUGUGAUCGAUAAGUCAUCGGGUUGGUGUCGACAUUUGUCUAUCAAAAUCAGCUGUUUUGUUUGUUAUUUUUCCUUUGGAUUAGUUUAUAAUAUAUAUUUUUUGUUCUUUCUGUUUAUCAUUGAGACACUGGAUGUAAAUUUUACUCUAUAUAAUUACUUAGGAUUGCAUAAUGCUCCAAGUACGACCAACUAUGUAUAGCCGAAUUAUAAAGCCGUUGGUUAAUUGUACUAUAAUGCAACGCAAUAAUCACAUAGAGACAAAAGUAAAACUUAGCGACGGCAUCACCAUUAAUUAUGUGCAAACGGGCAAAGGUGACAAAAACGUAUUGCUAAUGCCUGGGGCACUUGGCACUGCCUGGACAGAUUUCAAACCGCAAAUUGAAAAACUACCCGAGCUAUUACCAAACCAUACAAUCAUUGCAUGGGAUCCGCCCGGUUACGGAAAGUCGCUACCGCCAGAACGACAAUUCGAUCUCGACUUUUUCCAAAAAGAUGCAUGUUGGGCUGUAGACCUGAUGCGUGCUUUAGGAAGACACAAAUUUUCUGUACUAGGCUGGAGUGAUGGAGGCAUAACUGGCAUCAUUAUGGCGGGUCGUUUUGUUGAAUGCGUCGAAAAAUUGGUUAUAUGGGGUGCCGGUGCUUAUUUGAAUGCCGAAGAGGAGAAAACAAUGCGAGAUAUACGAGAUGUGCAGAAAUGGUCACAACGUAUGCGUGAACCAAUGGAGAAAGUAUACGGUGUAGAGGGAUUUCCGAAAUUGUGGUCUGCGUGGGUUGAUGCUGUAGUUGCAAUUUAUAAAGAGCGUAAAGAAGACUUUUGUUGCACAGAAGUGACCCAAAUAAAAGCGCCAACUUUUAUACUGCAUGGCAAGAAGGAUCCAAUGAUUGCUGCCGAGCACAUACCAUAUCUAAGGGAACGUAUAAAAGAUUGCCAAUAUUAUGAAUUCCCCGAAGGCAAACAUAAUAUUCAUCUACGCUAUGCAGACGAGUUCAAUAAAUUGGUAGCGCAUUUCUUAACGCAAAAGCCCUAACAUCGUUAUACGAAAAAAGUCCAAUAAUUUUAUAUACAUAUAUGUAUGGAUGUAUAUCUCUGCUGACUUUUGGCAAACUCGUUGGCAACAAAACCGAUUGUGGUAAAGUUUUAUUUAAAUGUUAAUUCGUCUUAAGUGAAAGGUAAAACACUUUGUAUCUACAUUAAUGACUUUUUUAAUUUGAUAUAAGUAUGUGUUUUCACAUGCGUAUGUAUGCAUAUACAAACGUAUAAAUAAAAUACACAAAAUAUGUGUUA